UUUCCCCAAAUACUGGAUGGAGUGUAACAUCUUGCUCACAUUCAAGCUGACUAAUUGUGCACCCGCAGCUUUCUGGAAGCAAAUUAUGGUGGUGAAGAACUUUAAGAUGGGAUUUAUAGUCCUCCUAUCCUGCUUGAGCUUCCUAGCACCUGUCCAAUGUGCAGAACAUCAGAGUGCCACCAUUACAGAGCUUUCCUUCCAAAACAUGAAUUUUGGCAUGAACCUUUACAGGAAAAUAUCCAGCUACCAUGACAAGAACAUCUUUUUCUCACCGCUGAGCAUCUCUACCAGUUUUGCAGCUUUAUUGCUGGGUUCUGAUGGCAUCACGCACAACGAAAUAUUGACGGGACUCAACCUGAACCAGCUGGAACGAGAUGAUCAACCAGAUCUCAUUCCAGAACUUUUCCAGUUCCUCUACAGGAACAUCACAAACAAUGGGUCAUUGAAAUUGGACCAAAGCAUGACCUUCUUUGUCCAACAGCAGUUUAAGAUUGAGAAGAUGUUUAAAGAUCAAAUCGAAAGGUUUUUUGACGCAGACAUCAAAAGUGUAGACUUUACAGAAGCAAAAGCGAGUAUUGGUAUCAUCAAUGAGUACAUCAAACAGAAGACUGGGGACAAAGUGACGGACAUGAUCACCAACAUCGAUGACUUCAUCCAACUUAUGAUGGUCAACACAAUUUUCUUCCAGGGAGAGUGGGAGAUUCCUUUCAACCCCAAUUUCACAGAAAAAGCUCCCUUUAUCAUUGACAACUACAAUGUUGUGCAAGUGCCCAUGAUGUUUAUAGACAAUAAAUUCUACAUGAUGGAGGAUGUUCCUCUUGGUGUCAAAGUGCUAAAGCUGCCAUACCAGGAAGGCGUUUCCAUGCUUGUCCUGCUACCUAACAAAGGUAUGGACUACACAGUUAUUGAUGAGGAGAUCACAGCUGAGAAGUUCCGCUUCUGGACAAAAGGCCUACGUAAGACCCAACUGGAAGUACACAUGCCAAAAUUUAAGCUGGAACAGUCUUAUUCCCUGCAUCAUCUUCUGUCAGAUUUGGGUAUUUCUAAUAUUUUCAGUAAUUCAGCCAAUCUGACCAAGCUGAGCAAAGACGUAGGCCUCAAAGUGUCAGAGGUGUUGCACAAGGCUGUGGUCGAGGUGGAUGAGUCGGGGACAAAAGCAGCAGCUGCUACAACCGUUGGGAUUAUCCCUUAUUCCUUACCCAAGUCCUUCACCAUCAACAGACCAUUUUUCUUCUUCAUUUACCACGAAGAAACUAACUGCCUACUGUUCAUGGGCCGAGUAAUUGACCCAACCAAAAAGUAGAACUAGUCAUCAUGGUUGGUGGCGUUCAUAGGUCCUUGAGUGACGAUUUGUUAAUUGAGGUUGGCAAAUUAUUAAUUUUCUGUUUUUCAGUGAUGGCUCCAGAGGUUUUUUUUUUCCCUACUGGGCUUAGGUGGGGCUAUGUUUGUUUGAUUUAAGGGGUGUAACCAGUCCAUGGCUCAAUUUUUGACACAUUAAAUUUGUUACCAAAUGCUACUACUUUUGCAUCUUCCAACUCAUGUAAGUUUAAAGGUCAGCAUGCGGCUUUUGCAAGACUGGUCACAGGAACCUGAACAUUCCAAGGUGAAAACAAAAAUGUAUAUGCCUGUCAGUGGUAGGCCGUAUAAUGAAUAAAUGCACUUCU